AUGUUCAGCCGCAACUUGAAGAACGUGCUGGUGGUGUCGCUGGGCUUCCUGUUGCUCUUCACGGCGUACGGCGGACUGCAAAGCCUGCAGAGCAGCCUGAAUGCGGAGGAGGGCAUGGGUGUGGCGUCUCUGAGCGUCAUCUACGCCUCCAUCACCAUCUCGUCCAUGUUCCUGCCCCCCCUCAUGAUCAAGAACUUGGGCUGCAAGUGGACCAUCGUGGCCGGCAUGGCCUGCUACGUCUCUUACUCCUUCGGCAACCUCUACCCGGGAUGGUACACGCUGAUCUCCACCUCAGUGAUCCUGGGUUUGGGGGCCUCCCCUCUGUGGUCGGCCAAGUGCACGUACCUCACCAUCUCCAGCAACGCGCAGGCGGCCAAGGAGGGCAAGAAGGGUCCGGACAUCAUCAACCAGUACUUCGGCCUCUUCUUCUUCCUCUGCCAGUCGUCGGCCGUGUGGGGGAACCUCAUGUCCUCGCUCAUCUUCGGACAGGACACCAACAUAAUUGACGUGACGGACGAGCAGCUCCAGUUUUGCGGGGCCGCCAACUGCGGCCUGAACAUCGUGUCCAACAGCACCGCCGGCAGGCCGGCGCAGGAACUGGUGUGGACCCUGGUCGGAUGCUACAUCGGCGUGGGUGUGGUGGCCAUGCUGAUCGUGGCCGUGUUUCUGGACAACAUCGACGCGGAGCGGACCGUCCGUUUCCGUGGCAACCGUGAGCCCUUCCACCACACCUUGCUGGCCACCUUCCGCCUGCUGAAGGACUGGAGGCUGCUCAUCCUCAUCCCGCUCAGCAUGUACAGCGGCUUUGAGCAGGGCUUCCUGUCUGGGGAUUACACCAAAAACUACGUGACGUGCGCCCUGGGUAUCCACUACGUGGGCUUCGUGAUGAUGUGUUUCGGGGCGUCCAAUUCGCUUUGCUGCUUCCUCUUCGGACGACUCGCUUGCUACACCGGCAGGGCGGCACUCUUCUUCCUAGCGGCAGUGACUAACUUGUCAUGCAUUAUCGCGCUGUUGUACUGGAGGCCUCACCCCCACGAGUUGGGCGUCUUCUUUGUGUUUCCCGCCGUGUGGGGAAUGGCCGACGCCAUCUGGCAGACGCAGACCAACGCUCUGUUCGGCAUCCUGUUCCCCAACGAGAAGGAAGCGGCCUUCGCCAACUACCGCAUGUGGGAGUCGUUGGGCUUCGUGAUUGCCUUCGCGUACAGCACCUUCCUGUGUCUGGAGUACAAACUUUACAUCCUGCUGGCUGUGCUGCUGCUGACUGCCGUCACCUGCCCGGUGGUCGAGUACCACGAGUACAAGAAUCCCACGAUAGCCAAGGACGACGGACACCACAAGGAAGCCGUCGCCGUGGACGACAGCAACGUUUACUGCCAGACCAAACUCUAAACAAACAACAACAACGACGACGACGUGAAUGUAGGCCGCUACCAUAAUCAUCUCACAACGCUCGCUGAUGUCCAGAACGGAAGGGCCGACCGAGCUCACGCGGACCAA